ACGAAAUGACUACAUGAAAUCGAUCACGUUGCCAGGGUAACGUCUUUUUAAUUAUUUACUCCCAAGGUGCAACAAUUUACACAGGCACGUCAAAUACAACUCUUCCAUGGUUAGUAAGAACAUACUGAUCCUUUCUAAAAGAAUAUUAUUGAAUUCUAUCAAUGGACAAUACAGAGGAAUUAGAAUUAGAAACUUCAAGAAAUUUGGAUAGCAAUGAUGAUAAUAAAGAAAGGCAAAUAGAUCAUCAAGCUUCUCUGCAGAAGGCUGAUGCUGAUAACCUGGAUGAGAAGUCAGAUUACAAAUCUGAAUCCUUUUGCUCUGAUGAUUCCUAUCAAGAAGAAUCAGAAAUGACAAACGUAACUCUGCGUUCAUCUCUCAGCGAUUGCUCCUCAUUUCGAACAACAACGCAGCAGCGACGUCAAAUUCGAAGCAAUUCUCGGAUUGAAGAGGAUCUUCAAUCUCUAGAGGAUGACGUAAAAUUGCUCCGGCUCACCGAGGAGUCCAGAUUAGAUAUAAGGCAACUACGUAGUGGUCGACGUAAUAUGAGUUUCAGCAAUGAGGAAAUGCGAAAAAUUGAAAGGGAAAAUCAAUUGCUGCUAAGAAAGAUUAUGUCUCAUCAUAAACCACAAGUUAAAAAUGUUGCAUCGCAAUCCGCUAUUGGAAGAACCAGUAGUUCUGCUAUUAACCGGAGAAAAUUGCAAAGAAAAAUUCAAGAAGAUAAUAUGAUGCUUCUUAGAAGGAUUCAGCAAACGAAAUCUUGUGCAUUACCCAGGACCACCCCAGGUUAUCGAAUGACUUUCAUUUAGCAUCCAUUUUUUACUAAAUUGUUUAGCGAUAACGAUGCUUUUCAAAAAUUUUCACUGUGUCUAUAUUUAUUAAUAAUUUAUAAGCUACUCUACUGUCGCGAUUGACAAUAUUUUAUACUAAAUCGUUUUAUAUUUGAUACUAUUCGUAAAAUCUGAGACUCCAAUUACACGAAUUCCUAUUACGCUAAAUCUACACCUUUUGCUCAAAUGUAUGAUCAUCAUGUCAAGUGAGUGAAAAUAUAAAGGAUCUAAUCCAAAACUA